AUGGAAGAAGAAGAAGAAGAAGAAGAAGAAACCACUAAAAACCGACUAUCUUCAACGUCAAGAAACCAAUCAAUAAAGGUUGUUGACGAUGAUGAGGAAGACGAAGGAGAUUCAGAGGAUUUUGAACAACAAGAAGAACAAGAAGAGGAAGAGCAAGAUGAAGAACAAGAUGAGGAAGAGCAAGAUGAAGAGCAAGAACAAGAAGAAGGAAAGGAUGGUCAAACUGAGGUUGAGACACCUAGUGGAUUGGAAAACGACACUGAUGGCUCGAGAGAGACCACAUUAGAGACUGUCAGGAAAACUGGUGGUAGUAAAAUGUUAUUAAACUUACUCAGUGAUGGGAGCUCAAGAAAAAAGCUUACAGAGGAAGAAAUACAAUUACGUAGAGCUGAAAAUGCAAGAAAACGUAAGAAUUUGAGUGAAAAGAGAUCAGAAGAAGAAAAAAGAGAAGUUUUAGACAAACUAUUGAAAAGACGUGCUGCUAAAUCCAGAAGUCACUUACCAAAUGAUGAUGAAAACUCAAAAGAUGGGACUGAUGAAUCAUUAAGCUACAUCAAGCCAAGAAGACCAUAUUCCUCUCCCGGUAUGAUAAGGACACUAAGGAAGGCCGAAACCGAUUUAUACUGUACAUAUUAG